ACAUAACCACCAUGUCAAAACCUCUCCACUAUACUACUUCCUUUGCUCUCCUGUUCUCCUUUUUCUUCAUAAACUCCUAUGGCGAUGAAUCUAUUCCACCCUCCACCGUAUGCCCUAUGCACGAUUGCGGAAAUGGUGUUACAAUAAAAUACCCUUUCUGGUAUAAAAAUAACUCUACCCCAGAUCAAUAUUGUGGCUAUCCAAAACUUGGCUUGUCCUGCUCUAAUGAUGACGAGCCUGUGCUUGGUUUGCCAAAUGAUAGUUACUAUGUCAAAAACAUAAACUACACAGAUUCUACAAUCACUCUGGUAGACAUUGAUGUCGUAGGACAAACAUGUCCUAGGGCACGUCACAAUCUUACAUUAGAUAACCUACCACUGAAUUACACAGAUCUAAACCUAAACCUUAGCUUUUAUUUCAAUUGUACUUCCAACCCAUCUUCUUCUAACACUUCUUUGUUUGGUAUUGAGUGCUUGGGAGUCGGUACAACGCAAUCCUAUGUUGUUAUGACAGAGGAUGAUGAGGUUGAUUGGAUUGGGAAGUGCAUGGAUCAUGUGGUGGCCACAGUAAUGAGAACAGAGAUUACUGGGAUUAAUUUGAUUACUGGGUUUGGUGCUGCCAUGAAUCAGGGGUUUGUGCUUGAUUGGCGGACGGUCAAGGAGUGCGGUGCUUGUGAGGUUUCUGGUGGGUUCUGCGGGUACAAUGAAAUUGAUGAGCAGUUUCUGUGUUUUUGCCAGGAUGGUAGUGCGCAUGAAAACCAGUGUAAAGGCUUCAGGAUUGAUUGCGAAGAAGGAAUUUCGAUAUUAGAUAUCAUGUCCUUGAAGUAUCAUGUUAUUGAUAUUGAUCCCGAGAGUCAAAUCCUGAGGAUUGCAAGAGCUGAUCUAUUGGAUAAAAUCUGCCCUGUUCAAUACCUCAAUACCGACUUGAAUAUUACUCUCUUCAAUUAUACUUCAAAUGAUGAAAAUGGCACCUUGUUAUACAAUUGCGACCUGUCAGAAUCUCAGCUUCCUAAUGAAUUUGUUUGCCCCAUAAACGACAUCCCUCGGGAGGCCUACUUGACGUCACCCUCAAUUUUCAAACGUGAUUUUGCAUCGGGUUGCAACAUUAGUAUUUUGGUUCCUGUCCUGGGGAGAGCUGUUAUGAGGCUUUUACGAGCUGAGUUAACUGUUCUCCAAGUUCUGAAUGAAGGUUUCGAGAUUAGGUGGCUUGCAGAUCAAAUAAAAUGUAGGGAGUGUUUAAGAUCAAGCGGAAGAUGUGGGUAUAACAUGACUACUAAUCAAUUUAGUUGUUUCUGCCCUGACCAAGCUUAUGCUGGGACAUGCCCUGGUCCCCUGCCUCCGACUAGUCAGUUGGAUCCCGUAGAGAUGCCUCACGGUGAAACUAUUUCUGCAGAUGAUGAUCCAAAUAUAAAAAUGAAAGUUGGUAUUGGUAUUGGGGCUUCUGUUGGAAGUGUAAUCAUAAUGUGCAUAAUCUUCUUCUUCUACCUGCGCCGCAAGAAAAACCCUUAUGUUCCAUCUUCCUAUAUCUCCCAAAGCACCACAUCAGACUUCUCUUCAAGAUCAGAUAUUGAAAGGGGAGGUACCCAUUUCGGAAUCCAUCUCUUCACCUAUGCAGAACUUGAACAGGCGACUAACAAUUUUGAUUCUGCUAAAGAACUUGGAGAAGGAGGUUUUGGCACUGUAUACUAUGGCAAACUCCGAGAUGGGCGAACUGUUGCAGUCAAGCGUUUGUAUGAGAACAAUUUCAAGAGAGUUGAGCAGUUCAUGAAUGAAGUUGACAUCCUAACUCGCCUGCGUCAUCAAAAUCUUGUCUCACUAUAUGGGUGCACUUCUCGCCAUAGCCGCGAGCUCCUACUAGUAUACGAGUACAUUUCCAAUGGUACAGUAGCUGAUCAUCUUCACGGAGAAAAAGCGAAGCCUGGUGCACUUCCAUGGCCUAUUCGAAUGAAAAUUGCUGCAGAGACUGCCAAUGCAUUAACGUAUCUACAUGCUUCAGAUAUCAUCCACCGCGAUGUGAAAACCAACAACAUUCUCCUCGACAGCAAUUUUUGUGUUAAGGUUGCAGAUUUUGGAUUGUCUCGCCUCUUCCCGUUACAUGUUACCCAUGUCUCGACUGCUCCGCAAGGUACUCCUGGUUAUGUCGAUCCAGAGUAUCACGAAUGCUAUCAGCUGACAGAUAAGAGUGACGUCUAUAGCUUUGGUGUGGUCUUAAUUGAGCUUAUAUCCUCAAUGCCUGCUGUUGAUAUCACCAGGCAUAGACAUGAGAUUAACUUGUCUAACAUGGCAAUCAACAAGAUUCAAAGCGGGGCAUUGCACGAACUUGUAGACCGCAAUCUUGGGUAUGAAUCAGACUAUGCUGUAAGAAAGAUGAUAAAUGCAGUAGCGGAGUUGGCAUUUCAGUGUCUGCAGAGUGCAAAAGAGUUAAGACCAUCAAUGGGAGAAGUAUUGGAGGCUUUAAAGGAGAUACAAACUAAAGAUUACACUUUACAGAAGGCAGAAGAGGAGAUGGAUGGUAGAUCCGAUGGUGUUGGAUUGUUAAAGAGCGAUCCUGUUCCACCUUCUCCAGAUACAGUCAUGAUCAAAUGGAUUAGCACUUCUACAACACCUAAUACCAGUGGUUAAAUUUCAGUAAAUACUACCAAAUAUGGGCAACUAUGAACUAUGUCAGUAUCUUUUUAAAUAGACGCGAGUAGUUUUGGUUGGAAUGUACAUAUGCGACUUAAGAAAUUGUUCCAAGGGUGUUACAGGGCUGGUGUGUCAUUAAUUUUUUAAUUGAUUUUUGUCUAUUUACUAAUUAUUAGUUAGUUUAAAUAAAAGAUUGUUUUAUAGACCAUAGUAAUGAUUGUACCUCAGCAAUAUGUUCUGUAAGAAUGUAUCAUUUUACUUGAAUUGUAGUGCAGCUUUACUGACCA